AUGCAGGCCGUCCGCCGUAACACCGUCGCUGCCCUUCGCAAUGCUGCUGCCACGCAGCGCCGGGCAUACUCUGCCUCGGCCAGCCCGGCUUACGCUGAGACUGUGAACAACCUUCGCAUUAAUGGAGACACCAAGGUUAUCUUCCAGGGUUUCACUGGAAAGCAGGGAACUUUCCACGCUGAGCAAGCUAUCGCCUAUGGCACCAAGGUCGUUGGUGGAACCAACCCGAAGAAGGCCGGCUCGAUGCACCUUGACCGUCCCGUCUUCGCGAACGUGAGCGAGGCCGUUAAGGAGACUGGAGCUACCGCUACUGCUCUCUUCGUCCCCCCCCCCUUGGCCGCUAAGGGUAUCGAGGAGGCCAUCGAGGCCGAAAUUCCUCUGGCUGUCUGUAUCACCGAGGGUAUCCCUCAGCACGACAUGGUUCGUAUCACCGAUAUCCUGAAGACGCAGAACAAGACCCGUCUGGUGGGUCCUAACUGCCCUGGUAUCAUCGCUCCUGGCCAAUGCAAGAUUGGUAUCAUGCCUGGAUUCAUUCACAAGCGUGGACGUAUCGGUAUUGUGUCUCGGUCCGGUACCCUGACCUACGAGGCCGUCAACCAGACCACCCAGGCUGGUCUUGGUCAGUCCCUGGUCGUCGGUAUCGGUGGUGACCCCUUCUCCGGCACCAACUUCAUCGACUGCCUGAAGAUCUUCCUCGAGGACGAGGAGACCGACGGUAUCAUCAUGAUUGGUGAGAUCGGUGGUAGCGCCGAGGAGGAUGCUGCCGAGUUCCUCAAGGCCAACAACAAGUACAACAAGCCCGCCGUUGGUUUCAUCGCCGGCAUUAGCGCUCCCCCGGGCCGUCGUAUGGGUCACGCCGGAGCCAUCGUCAGCGGCGGCAAGGGUGGCGCUGACUCUAAGAUCGCCGCUCUCGAGGCGGCUGGUGUUGUUGUCGAGCGCAGCCCCGCUUCCCUGGGCAAGGCCCUCCUGAACGAAUUCGUCAAGAGGGACCUGGUCUAG